GCGCGUGCUUAGCAGAUCGGCACUGGGCUGAUUGGCAACAUCUCUAGCUACAUUAAGGCUUCCGCUCCCUUUAUCCAUCCAGGUAGCAGUACCUCCGCAAAACAACAACAACAACAGAACAGCAACUUUCCAUCGUUUUCUUUUAUCUUUCGUAUCGUAACGCUUUCGCUUUCUUCUUUCUGUUUCCGGUUUUCUUCUCAUCGUUCAUGAACCCCUGCGCUACAGGACACACGAAAGCGCACACAAAGUCAAAAUACUUUUUUCGUCAUCCCCCUCAAAAAAAAAGGCUGUGCCGUGUGCUGCCUCAACGGAAGAGUGAGACAUUAUCUCUAAUUCUUGCGCAACUGUUAUCUGUAUUUCGCUGUCGAGGCUAGUGCGACGGCGCGAGCGCAUUCAACCAUCUUUAUCUCUUUUUGUGUGUACUCACCCUUCUACAGGGGAGGUGGUGGGACUGCAAAAUUACUCUCUCGUUGGUUCCAAUAGGCCGCUCUUGUGCAACGGAACCCCAACAAAAGUUUGACAGACGAAGCGAGCCCCCUUUUUUUUGUGGUUGUCUCCCUCAUUGCGUUUGAAACUCCUCAUUGUGAUUUGCAUAGGUUGAUUUCGUUGUCACUCGUGUCCUCCCCCCCUUUUCUCCCUCUCUAGCACACUCGUAUAUAGUAACGCGUAGGCAGCUGACAGGAGAAGGCGUCGUUGUGUUGAUGGGGGUUGAAGAGAAAGGGCUGCGCGAGUGAGUGCGUGUGUGGAAUCAAGAAGAAGUAUCAUUGGAAAUUUCAAAAAAAGAAAAGCAAAUCACUGCGUUGAGGGGACGAUACACUGUAAACUUUCGCGGAAUCAAAAGCUUCUUCGACGUGCGUCUAUCGUAUUGCUUGCAGUUUUGAAAGAGCUGGCGGUGAACGAUGAUCGACGAAUUCCGAGAGGAGAGUGUAGAGGCGCUGCACAGGAGCGCGUCAGCGAAGGCGUUGACCACGCCGUGGGUGAACUGGGGCCCCUCCAUACCCGGCGACGCCACGCCGUGUUUCAAGGGCGGUUUUCUGUUUCGUAUUAUCGACUCUGAGAAACGGCUUUGGGCACUCUACAAUGAUACCUUUGUUUACGAGAUGCACGCCACCUUCAUCUUUGGCCCAGGGUCAGACAUGCAGCCGCUCGGCGCUCUGUCGUCCAGCGGAGGAGAGGCGGACGCCGAUAAUCGCGUGGUGGCAGUUUCGCAGGGCAACGAGCUGACGAUAUCACUGAUCGUGUACCCGAUGGAGACCGUCGAGUUCGCGCGGGGCGACAAGUCGAAGUAUCGGUGCCACUUUGACGGAAAGCCGCUCUCCAAGGAGUACAUUCAGCGAGAGUCCGUGCUGGCCUAUGCGGAAGUCGACAAGGAUCGCGCUGCCCUCGCUAAAUACGCCUGCUCCCUUACAGACCCCGAGGCGGUGCUGAAGGUGUGCAAAGCACACCGCGUUGCCUUUGUUGACCCCUCUUUUCCCCCGGAGCAGAUCUCGUUAGACAGCGGGCGCAAACUAAUCACACCGAGUGGGUGGCGGCGGCCGGAAGCCUACCUGCCCACCCAUCUGAGGAGUCAAAUUCGACUCUUCCGCCGCGCCGUGACUCCUUCUGCGACCCAACGUGGGGAACUGGGCAACUCGUGGGUGAUGAGUGCUAUGGCCGCCAUAGCGGAACACCCUGACCACAUCAAGGACAUGUUUCGCCACCCGCGCAGACCCGAGGAGACGGCGCGCGACGAGGCGGUGGGGGCGUAUCGAGUGUGGCUCAACAAGGACGGCCUGUGGCAGUCCGUUUUAAUCGAUAGUUUUCUCCCUGUUGUCGGGAAGCAGCAGCGCUACGCCCGCAGUGCGGAUGACCCGUGUGAGAUGUGGGUUUCGUACCUCGAAAAGGCUUACGCAAAGCGAAAUCGGUGCUACAGCAGCAUCGCAGGCGGCGACCCCCUUUUUGCCGUACGUGACUUCACCGGCUUCCCAACCUCGCGGCUCGAUCUCCGCUUCCGCGAGUGUGUCACCGACCCGGUGAAGAGCUACGUGUUCUUCCAGCGCAUGGUGCAGGAUUACGAGAACGGGCACGUGGUGCUGCUGAGCACCCCCGGCAACAGCGAUCCUCGCUCGGGCCACAACAGCUACAAGGAAAAAGGCAUUUUUGUCGGCUACGCGUACGCGGUGCUGAGCGCGCGCUUCAUCGAGCUACGCACGCCGAAGCGCAGGAAAGUGCCGCCGCUGCGUCUGCUGCGACUGCGCAACGCGUGGGACGCAGCGACCAAGUGGAACGGGCGAUGGUCAGCGCAGUCACCCGCGUGGGCGGAGCACCCCGAGGCGUGCGCCGCGUUUCCCAACCACGACGGCGAGGACGGCACCUUCAUCAUGGAGUGGUCAGAGGUGCUGGAGACGUUUGUAGGCUGCGGCGUCGUGUUUAACCACUUCGGCUACGCGGACUACCGCAUCCCGUUUGAAUUUUCGGGCGCCAUACCAAACCUGUGCUUGGAGAUUCACGUGACGGAGCCGACGUCGUUGACGCUCAUCCUCUCCCAAGCGGACACGAAAGGGACGCCCAAGGAGGCGGAGGACUACGCACCCAUCAUGAUCUCCAUCGCAGGUGCCAUGCCUUCGACCACCACUCCUCUCUCUCAGGACGGCAGCACGCGCAGUAGCGGCAACUCAGCUCCCUCGAUCACGGCGGGCAACUUCCCUGUCGUGGCGCGGGAGUACUCGCUGCUCGUCAACUCCUCCGCUGACGCCGAGACGCCGUCGAAGAGCUUCACCUUUUUGCAAGGGCGGGACAUCAGCGCCACGUACACCUUUGUGCCCGAGCAGUCGCCCUACCUGGUCGUGCCGCGCCUACUGGUGCAGCAGCCGGCCAACGGCACCAGCACCAGCAGCGGCGGAAGCAAAGCGUCACCCACAGUUGCGAACGGUGUGGAGCCGUGCACGUGCGUGCUUGGCAUCCUUUCCCAAUUGGCAUUCACACCGUACGGCCAGGCUCAUGUCCGCCUGCGCCGGCUUCCCGCAAAGAACUCUGUCUUCGAGAACUACCUCAGCUUCGAGAACGACUCCGAGGAGGUGGAGAAGACCUUUUACGAAAAGCGUGCCGGAUCGAGCGUAGUGACGCGCAAGGCGUCAGAGCUCAACUAG